AGCAGUCGAAUCUUACUCGCGCCGCUCGUUAUAUACGGGCUUGAGGCGAACGCUGUCAAGUUCGUACGCAUGCAAAGCACUGCCUCGCGAGCAGAGCUCUCGUAUGUUGCCCAUUCGCUAUCAAUAGCAUCAAGAUCAGAUGGACGACAGCGGCUCGAUUAUCGAGAUAUUCAUAUCGCCAGCGGCAUCGCUCCUCAGUCGAAUGGCUCUGCAAGAGUUGUUGUAGCAGGUUCAGACGUCCUCGUGGGAUGCAGACUCGAAGCAGUCGGAGAGUCAAGCUCGAACGCGGGCAGUGGGGCAGCCCGGGCGGGCUCGGACGCCUCGCGAUGGCUCGACAUUGAUGUCGAUUGCUCGCCCAUGGCGCUACAAGCCCUUGAUCAUGAUCCUACCGGAGGGCUCGUCUCCUUCAUCGCAACGGCGCUAAAGAGUCAUUUCUUCGGCGCGAGCCCGAAAAAGUCAACGACGAGAAGGAGAGUACGAGAUCAACUCAUCAUCCUGCCCGGCAAGCGGAGAUGGUCGCUCGCUAUCGAUGUGAUUGUUCUCGGCGCAUCCGGCGGAAACCUGUACGAUGUUGCGUUCAUGGCAGUCAGAGCGGCUUUGUGGGAUCUGCGCAUUCCCCGGACACGCAGUACCGCCUUGCUCAACCAACGAAGAAAGCCGGGCGAGGAUGGCGAGCAGCCUGGCAGCUCCGUAGCACAGCCGGGCGGUGACAUGAGUGCGUUCCUCAAGGGCACAGCCGACGGUAUACGCAAGAAGAAUCUCAAGACAGCGGGUCGAGUCGUCGAUUUCGAGCUAGACGACAGCGAGUCUUUGGGCGAUCAGUUAGACGAGCGCGAUCAGCUGCCCGUUUGCGUCACACUCAACCUGAUCCAUCAAGAGCCGUUUCUUGACGCGACACUGCACGAAGAGUCAGCUUCGCAAAGCAGACUGAUUGUCGCUUUCGAUGGAGCAGACAAUGUCUGCUCGAUGCGACUGGAGCGAUGUCAAGAACUCGAGCUGACAAGACUCAGAGAUCUGCUCAAAACUGCUCAUGGGGUGGCGACAGAGAUGCGACUCUCACUGAACGCUCGCAUGGCGAGCGCAGAUCUUCCAGACGGAGGACUCGCAGCCUUCCCAUAAUCACAACGAGCAUCAAUAGAAUGCAAUUUGUUGUUGUAGACCUGCUACUUGCAAAGCGAAUCAAGCGCCGUAAUGACGGCAGCGCCAACGUCGACAGACUUUGCCGAGCCGCCCAGAUCAGCCGUACGGAUCUGAUGACCUCCGUGUGUACUUUCAUCUAGAGCGAUUCUGACCGCGUUUUCGAUCAGGUCGGCUUCCUCGCCCAGCGAGAGCGAAUAGCGCAACAGCAUG